AUGACGGAUAUUCGUCUAGUCACACAAGACUCGUCAUACGACCCCCGUAGAGAUAUAUCACUUAAAAGUCUCUCAUCCCGUGCAUGUUGUUUUCAGUCUUUCUCCCCCAAGGCUCCAGCAAUUGGCGUUCUGUGGGACAAAAAAGUAUCGAUACCAGUCAAAAGGAUGAAGAUGUUUGCCUCUCGCACAUUCGGACUGAUUAUUUCUGUCUAUUUAGCAGCCGUCAUAUCCAGCUACAGUUAUUAUGCGUGGAGCACAUCAUGGUCGCGCGUCAAAGCCCACCAUCAGCAGAGCUCGCCUUAUCCUGUUUGCAAAUCAAGGCAACCAUCAGUUUCUGCGCCGCAUCAGAAUAUCUGGGGUGGAUUUGCUGACAAAGAAGCUGCUGGUAUUAUUGACCUCUUGCACCAGCAUUCAAUCGGUCUUAACCUUACUACAGAAGAUAGGGCUGGAAGUUGGGAUAAUAGAAUCCUUCACCUGGAGCUUCUAGCUCCAAAAAAGAGCGACGUGCUUCUGUUUAUAAACAAGAAUACGACAAAGCCCCCUCCACGAUAUGCCCGGGCAACUCUGAUGUUUGGGGCAACGCCGAAUCCCUUCCUUCAAGACUAUGUAAUUGGCCCGCUCCCCAUUACUAACAACACUCAGGUACAGCCUCUUCAAUUUCUCUACAAUAAUGCCGGCAAAGGGAAAGUGGCUGUUGAUUUUGCUGAUCGUAGCGAGGUGCUCCAACUCGCCAAGGACGUGGGGCUUUCUGUGGCCGAUAUCACAAAGCUUCUAUGGGAUAGGACCCUCAACGAUACGCUUAGCCUUUUGCCACAAUAUCCACCUUCAAAGGAAAAUGGCAGGUUAAUUGUAUGGUCCAGUUUCAUAAGCAACCCUACCUCAUUAUUCAACUCAGAGACAAUUCUUCCGCUCGGUCUAUAUUUUGGGCUCGAUAUAACGGGGCGUGAUCCAUCGAAGUGGUCUUUAAUUGGAUGGUAUUACAAUGGCAUAUACUAUCCAACCACGAAUGCAUUCCGGACCGCCGCAAUGUCUAGUAAUUUCACUGGACUUGGAGCCAACUUUGACGGCCCAUGGGCAAGAUUGGAUAAGCAAGGUACCGCCAUGACAUAUGACCAUUACCCUCCACCCACGGCCGUUAUGCCUGGAUCAAACCGCUUCUUUAUAGAUACAAAGGAAAACUAUGUCAAGUGGAAGAUAAUGGAUUGCGCCUCUUCAAUGUCCAAUAUAAAGGCAGACGAAUUCUUUACGAAUCAGCUGGGCCUGCAGGAAGCGCUGGCUCACUACGCGGGAAAUGACCCGGUACAGUCUGGGAUAACUUACUUUGACAGCAAACCGGGCGUUGGGCCUAGUGUUGUAACUCUCAUUGAUGCUGAGUUUGAGCGACAGACAAUGGGUCAAAUGGCAACCAAGUUGAUCGGCGCAUUAGGAUACGAUUGUCCGACGUAUUCAACCUAUCUGAAUGUUAUCUACAGCCAAGGAGAAAUCUUCCACAGUCGACCUAAUGCCAUUUGCUUGUUCGAAUUUGACCAGGGAUACCCUAUACAGCGCCACUCUGCUGCUAAUUACACCAGUAUUACCAAGAACAUCGCUUUUAUAGUAAGGUCUGUUUCCACCAUUGCAAACUAUGACUACAUGUUCUCGUAUACUUUCUUUCUAGAUGGGAGCAUAGAAGUCUCCACCAUUCAUGACAAUCUCUCCGGCUCCAUACACGACCAUGUUCUCACUUACAAGGCUGAUAUUGACAUAUUCGGUGAGAAGAAUAGCCUCCAAAAGGUGGAAUUUGUGCCCGUUACCACUGAAUAUCCGUGGUCGAAUGGUGCCAAAAGGAACACAAUGAAGGUACAAAAAUCGUUUAUCCAGAACGAGAACGAAACUAAGAUCAACUGGGCUCCUAAUGGUGCGGCGACGUAUGCUAUCGUCAACAAGGAAGCCAGAAAUACUUUGGGGGAAUAUCCUGGAUAUAAAUUCUCCCCUGUUUUAAACUCGUCCAACGCCAUGAACGCCGUGAAUUUCGCAGACCAUCACUUCUAUGUUACAAAGCAGAAGGAUACGGAAGCACAAGCUACGCAUCCAUAUAAUAUUCUUGAUCCUAUAGAGCCAAUAAUUGACUUUGCCAAGUUCUUUGAUGGGGAAUCUCUGGAUCAGGAGGACCUCCUCCUUUGGUUCAAUCUCGGAAUGCACCAUGCUCCCCACACUGGCGAUCUUCCGAAUACUGUUUUCACGACGGCACACUCCGCUAUUGUAAUAGAGCCACUUAAUUACCUCGAUCUUGAUGCCUCCCGCGCUACUUCGCAACAGGUCCGAUUGAACUAUAAAGAUGGGAAAGUGCAGUCUGUCAAGACGUUUGAUUCCCAAAACGUGACCUGCCACGUUGACGCGAGCCAGCUGAUACCUAAUUUUUGGAGAGAUACGGGUACUACAUCAGUUCUCAAAUAUCUUUUCGGCUCCAGCCAAGAAGACGGAAUAGCGAAUGCCACGUAA